AUGUUGAAGACCAACCUUCGGUUUCCACAAACGGCACUGUGUGCCCGCCAAGCGGCUCGCUCACUGCAACAGCAAUCUGCAGCUCGUCCCCGGACGAGUGAGAAUGACAUGCAAUGGAACCCGGCCAACAAGGACGAGGCAUACCAAGCAGCCCAUACUCGCUUCAGCACUGACGGCAAUCCCACUUUGCCGCAUGACAAGAUGUUCAAGGGCGAAUGGCAAAAAGACCCUGCCUUCCGUGCAUCCGAGGAAUAUGUCAACAAGCGCAAGACCAGCGCACAGGCCAGCUUUGAUAUGAACAAAAACUACACCCACGGUCAAACGGCCACGCAAGGGUUGGGCAAGGGCAGUGAUCCGAACCCCAAUCCGGUAACACAGAGCGCCAAGAACUUGGCACGCGACGUGAAGCAGUCAAUGCAGCGCGUGACCUCCAAGGCCGAGCAAGCCAUGCCCUCACCAUCUGGCGGCGUGGAACAAAAUUUGGACCAAGCCAAGCGGGAGGUCUCUGACCUCGGCCAAAAGGCUGCCCAACAGGGCCGCCGUGCGGUUGAUCGUCUUGAGGACAAGGCCGAGGAGGCCGCUCAGGCCGCUCCCAACGCCGCCAGCAUGUUGCACGACGCCAAGGAGCGUGGUGAACACAUUGUCCAUGAGGUUCAGGACAAGGCGGAGCAUCUGGCUCACGAGGCCAAAGAAAAGGUUGAGCACAUGUUGCCUGAUACGGCGGAGGGUGACUCCUUGCUGAGCAAGGCCAAGUCACAGGUCAAGAACGCAGCCGAGGCCAUCCAAAACGCUACGGCCCGUGUGCUGCACAUGGAUAGCUCAGAUCGUGCCGCUGAGCAAGGCCGCCACGUUGCUGAGAAGGCCUCAGACAAGGUGGAGCAGAUGACGGAGCGUGGUCGCCAUGAAGCCAGCAAGCUCGGCAACCGCGUCGAGUCAGCCGCCAGCAACCAGAGUGACGCCAAGCGUCUCGCCGAUGAUGCCAAGGAAGAAGGUCGUCACGCGGCCAAGCAGGCAGCCAACAAGGCCAGCGAAUGGGCCGAGGAAGGCCGUCACGCCAUCAAGGACACGCUGCACGAGGCCGAGGCCAAGGGCGAUGAUGUCAUGACCAAAGUUGAGGAUGGACUAAGCUCCGCCAAGGAAACGAUCAAAGACAAGGCUGGUGAGCUAAAGGACAAGGCGAGCGAGCUGUACGACGAUGCCGCCGAAAAGGUGCAGGAGGGCAAGCACGAGGCCAAGGACAAGGCAGAGGACCUGGCAGAGGCUGCCAAGCAAAAGGGCAACCAGGCCAAGCAUCAGGCCCAGGAAACCGCAGGCCGAGUCGAAUCCGAGGCAGCCGAAACUGGUACGGCCUUGAAGAACAAGGCCAAACAGGCUGCCAAUGCCAUGGAGCGCAAUUUUGAGGAGGCCAGCGACAAGGUGAACGAUUCUUUUGGUGACAACGUCACAGAUCAGGCGAGCAGGAUCGUGGAUCGCGCCGCGUAUAAAGCGGCACGCUGGGGCUCCAAGACUUCAUCCGGCCUCAAGCAGCAGCUCGAGGGGACCUUUGGUGAUUUGAACAUGGAUCAACGAGGUGACUUUCGGCAGUCGGGUGAGGCUGGUCGGCCCCGGACACGCGGCAUUCGCGAGGGUCGCGAUGCUAUGGAGACAGAAUCAGCUUUGAAGUACCGAUCUGGUCGAGUGCCACAAGGAACGGUGCAAUUUGCGGGGCGUGACAUGGCUGAUCGACACGCGCUAAUGCAGCGUGCCGAGCAGCAGUCGGCCGAGCGCGUGACGGUUGAAGAUGCUUUUACCCCCAGCGGCAAGCCGCUCAACCCUCCCGAGUAUGCAAAGUCUGCAUCAGCCCCCAAGCAAGACAACGUUGAACAUCGUCAACAGUAUGGCGAAGAUGGCUCUGCUACCGAUGCAUUGGAGCAAAAUGUGCACCGUGAUGUCGAGCGUGCAGGUACCACCUCCCGUGCUUAA